AUGAUCAGGGCAAUCUUCUAUAGCAAAUUCGACACCCAGGAGGGUCCUAAAGUCGUCCAUCAAGUCCCCGACGGUGCCAUCGUACCCUCCUCCACCGCUCCCGCGCAGCCCCUCUUCCUAACCUUCUCUGACGUCUCCUUCUUCGUGAUCCCCCGCCAGGAGCUUUGCGGUAACCUGCUGCAGGUUUGUACAAAUGGUUACCGUAUCCUGGGGUAUCCAAUAUGCAUGAAAUCGGACCGCUACGCUCGCAAUGAGUUCAUCUUCAAUUUCUGCAUCGUGCUGACUGAGGAGGAAGACUUUAGUCAGUACAAGAGUGUGGUGCAGAAGCUGGCAGAUUUGAUGCACGCCUUGGAAGAACAGAACGGGUUCUUGUCGAGGGACUUCUCGAAGAGUGGCGAGGGAAAGGUGUAUAGUCUUUGCGAGAUGUUGAUGGAAGAUUUGAAUAAUUAUUGCGAAUGCAUGAUUCCUAUUGAUGAGCUCAACACUUUGAACAUCAAGUUGUUCCCCAUCUAUCCCUCCCCGCCGCCAGUCAAGGCGUGGCAGGUGCCUUUAUUCACGGUACGGUACCAGGCCUUCAUGGACGAGAACUGGGACCUGUCCCUGCAACGGAUAGUGCCGUAUAUCAAUGGCGUCAACAGCGUCCGUAUCAUCUCUAUUCUCGCAGACACCGACUUCUCUCUCACCUGCCGUGCAAUCCGACACCUGUUGUAUUACGGCUGUCUCUUUCUCUUGGAUAUCUUCUCUUUCUCAGCCAUAUACGCGCCAACGGCGCAGUUCAGCUCCGCAAUCGGCUCGGACGAGGCCAUGCAACUCGAGUGUGCGCGUUAUGUAAACACGCGCUUCGCACCACAUCCUCCCAUCGGCCCUCAGUCACCACUCCCGUCGCAGAUAGCUCCAGCAGCAGCGGCAUCCAGUGCCGGCAGUCCUGGCGGUGCUGGGCCUCUAUCAAGUCCGCUCACCGAUGCCGCCCCUAGCCUGUCUCGCGACGACUCCCGCUUCGACGCGGAGGAAAUAUGGCCAUUGAUGGGCGAUCUAGAAGACGCGCCAAACGGCAGCCGCAAAGUUGCCGAGACACCCGAGAAUGACACGGUACCUGCGGGCCAAGGGCCCCGCGUCGUCGAUGGCGUAGGAAUCGUCGAACUCUACGCGGGCCUGAAACAGGGCCAGAGCGUGAAACAGUGGUACGCGCAACACAGCCGCGCGCUCGCUAACAUCGAUAUCCGCCGCUUCAUCACUUUUGGCGUGAUCAAGGGCUUCCUUUACCGCGUGCACAAGUACGCUUGCGCCACUGGCCAGCCAGCUCCGGCACCACGCUCCUCAUCUGUCGUCCCCGUCAACCUUUCCACCGGCCCAUCGUCCCGUACCACAACCGGUAACAACACGCCCUACGCGGCAUCCAGCGUCGGGGACGACGCGCCUAUCUCCGCCCGGCGAGAUGCCAGCCGUGAACGUGCGGCGUCCUUCCAUAGCGGGAGCCGCGGUGGGACUGGGUCUGGGAGUGCGCCGUCUGGGCUGUAUGGGGACGAGGAGAAUGAGAUCGAUGAUCGGACGCUUUCGAAGUAUCUUGACGGAACGCACAGCUUCGAUCAAAUAUGUACAGAGUUGGAGAUUAGUGAGCGAGAGUUGACUGUUAGACUGAAGCGGUACCCGGGGAGGUACUGA